AUGCUGCUGGAUCCCCCUCUGACACAGCUUGAGGGGACCCUGACACCCAUUCCCUGCCCAGUGCGAGCUGAGGUGUCUGGCCUGGGCUGGAGACUCCUCAGGUUCCAGCCAGAACUCUUCCCCACGCUGCAGUGCACCCUGGCAAAGUAUGGGAUGGUGUUUGAUGCAGGCUCAUCCCACACCUCUCUGUUCGUGUACCAGUGGGAUUCGGACAAGGAGAACGACACUGGAGUGGUCAGCCAGACCCUGUCCUGUGAUGUGCAGGGGCAAGGCAUAUCAAGCUAUGCCAACAAUCCCCCUGAGGCUGGCAAUUCCCUAAGGGAGUGCUUGGAUAAAGCCCUGCAGGUUAUUCCUGCUGAGAAGCAGAGGGAUGUCCCAGCUUAUCUUGGAGCAACGGCUGGCAUGAGGCUGCUGAGGGAACAGAACAGCUCAGCAGCAGAGCAAGUCCUGGCUGAGGUUGCUAAAACCAUGCAGGAGUACCCAGUGGCUUUCAGAGGGGCUCGGAUCCUCACAGGAGAGGAGGAGGGGGCCUAUGGCUGGAUCACCAUCAACUACCUGCUGGACUCCUUCACCAAGUACUCUCCCAAAGCACACACCUGGCUUCGUCCGGAGGCAGCCGACAUUUUUGGGGCGCUGGAUCUUGGAGGAGCAUCCACCCAAAUCACCUUUAUGCCCGAAGGUUCAGCCCUGAUCCAGAAUGAAGGCUCUGAGCUGACCCUGUACGGGUACAGGUACAGGAUCUACGCCCACAGCUACCUGUGCUACGGGCAGGACGAGAUGCUGAAGCGGCUGGCCAAGGAAUUGAUUGUGGUGAGCAGCUGCUGAGCCCUGCAGCGUCACAAUGCCAAGCACACAC